AAUAGCCUCUCCACUCUGUACUCAUUUCUUCUUCACCAUAGCUACAAAGCUUUCUUCUCUUUAAUUUUUCUUCGUUGAUUUUAUUCGAUUCAAUCAUAAUGGGAAAAGGACCUGGUCUCUACUCUGACAUCGGGAAACGUGCCCGAGAUCUUCUGUACAGGGACUACCAGACUGAUCACAAAUUCACCAUUACGACCUACUCUCCUACCGGAGUUGCUAUCACUUCAUCUGGACUAAAGAAAGGUGAUCUAUUUCUGGCUGAUGUUACCACUCAAUUGAAGAACAAGAAUAUCACAACUGAUAUAAAAAUAGACACCAACUCAAAUCUUUUGGCAACUAUUACUGUCGAUGAAGCUGCUCCUGGGUUGAAGACAAUCUUUAGCUGCAGAAUCCCUGAUCACAGUUCUGCAAAGAUGGAACUUCAAUAUUUACAUGACUAUGCCGGGAUAUGCACCAGUGUUGGGUUGACAGCAAACCCCAUUGUCAACUUCUCUGGUGUCUUGGGCACUAACGUUCUCGCUUUGGGAACUGAUGUAUCCUUUGACACCAAGGCAGGGGCUAUCACAAAGUGCAAUGCGGGCUUGAGUUACACAAAUGCUGACCUCAUUACUUCUUUGAAUCUUAACAACAAGGGAGAUGCUUUGAGUGCAUCAUACUACCACAUAGUCAGCCCUCUGACUGGUACUGCUGUUGGCGCGGAGGUGAACCAUAGCUUCUCUACCAAUGAGAACACCAUCACUGUCGGAACUCAGCAUCAAUUGGAUCCUUUGACGACUGUGAAGGCAAGGGUUAACAACUAUGGCAAGGCAACUGCUCUGAUCCAGCAUGAGUGGCGUCCUAAGUCACUUUUCACCAUUUCAGGAGAAGUGGACACCAAAGCUGUUGACAAAAGUGCCAAAUUUGGACUGGCCUUGGCUCUCAAGCCAUAGGCUUAGUCAGAGGUUUAGGACAUGGGCUAUGGAGAAAAUUAGAAAACUUGUUUCUUUGGCAAUUUAUCUUGGUGGUUCUGGACUGUGAAAAUAAUUUUAGGCGGUUGUUUUAACCAAUAGUCUUGUCAUUAUGAGUUAGUACAUUCUUACUCUCACCCCUUUUGAAACUUUUGAGAUGUUUUUGCUCAAGAUUUUUGUCCAAGCAAAAGCGCACAAUUUGACAAAUCAUUAUCGAUCUUAUGUUUUCUGCUCA